AUUUAAUUCUGCGUACCUUAGCACCAUGGCUACCCAAACAUCAUCAAAAGAAAAGUCCGAAAAUGAUUUUCACAACAUUGAAUCAUACGAAGGACCUCCACCUUAUAGCAAGCCACCCGCUCUCCACUUCAGCGAACCAGGUCCGCCGACCACACAUUCCGUCAGUAGAGAUCAGUGUAUUGCACAUUUGAAGCUACUUUCAGUGUUUGCCGAACUUCGUACAACCGUUUCUAACACUGACGGCCUGUUUGGAAUAAACGAUUCUCAGGCUGCGAGAUUCGUCCCGAAUCAAGAAGCACAAUCUCUUUCACUUGCACGUAUUAGAGAAAAAAGAUGGGCCGUUUUUACGUCAAGAGCCGCUGAUCGCUACGCUACGUGGUGGUCUAAAAAUCCAUUCCCAUCCGACGAAUAUAUUACGCUAAAUGAUCUGAGAGCACCAAGGUAUUCGACGAUCACCGAAGGGCUGAAACCGUUUCAAUGGGAAUCCAGAUAUCUUCCUCCACUAGAUGUCCUCAUGGUAUGGCAUGCUCAUGCACUCAAUCCUCGUAUAUAUUUAGAGGAUUGUCUACGAGCAGGCAAGAUACGGUUUUGGUCUACGGAAUUUCCAUGGCAACUAAUUGAUAAGGCCAUUGACUGGGAAAAUAUUGAAUACAGUCCAGAAGAUGAGGCGAGAGUUCUAUUCCAGAAAUUAACUGGACGUCUUUGGGAAAAUCAAGAUGAAUCAUAUGAAAAAAAUUUGAACUGUUUAAGGUGUACGGAAUCCUUUACAGUUCCUUGGACGACGGGAGACAUUGGCCUAAAACUCGAUGACGCGUUUAAAGACUGUGCCGGCUACGCAGACAACAGUUUUGAUGCUUCAUGCCCCUCGUGCAGCUAUAAGCAUAAUCUCCAAACGAUGAGAGUUGCAAGUUUUCGUCAGGAUGUUCAGGCCCUUGUCAGUACCGGCCGUCCAAUGCCCGGCAGCCUGCUUAAUGCCCAGGGACUCCCCGAUGGGAGCAUCGAAUCUUCCUUCCCAAGCCGUGUUCUAUCAACAGCAAAAGUAACGAUACUCAAAGUUACAACUCCAAUGGUAGAAAAAAACGAACUCAAGCGGUCAGCUGCCAAUAAACGCAUAGUAGCGGGAGAGAUAGGCAGCGUGAAGGAUAUGCUAGACAUUCGAAGUCUUAUAGAGUACACUAUUAGUAGUGACAGUAUAAUGGCCAAAGCAAAUGGUGGGAACGGCACAAGAUUAAGUCUAGAACAAAAGGGCGCUAUGCGCAAAACAAUCGCCCAUUACUGGGAGAACAGUUCUAUAUUUGGUCUUGACUUGGUUGGAGCGGUCAUGCGGCAGGGCACGUUUAUCCAAAAAGUGGAUCACCUGGACUGGGUACAUUCGCCCACACUUUCUGCGACAGUUGAUAAACUCAUCCGAAAAUAUGGCGUUUUCUUUGACAUCAUGGUAAAACAUAUGAAAACAACCGUGCCUACAUUGGAUGUCGAUCUUGCUUGGCACACACACCAACUAUCGUCAUCGCGAUACUUCAAAUACUCUAGAGCGCAGUCCAGAAAGUAUGGAAUAGAAGUUUUCAUUGACCACGAUGACAAGGUGGAUGAAGGGAAGCUUUCAGAAGCAUUCAUAUGGACCUGUAAAACAUAUGCAAGUGUCACUAACGGAGAAGUCUUCAGUGAGUGUAACUGUUGGUACUGUGAAGCUGUUCGCGAGGUCAACUUAUACUCAGGAUUAUCUGCUAUUCUCACAUCUUCGUCCACUCGAAAUGCAAGAAAUCAAGCGGAAAAGUUGCUGAACGACCCAACUAUCCCCACUGAAAUGGAGAAGUCAUCUCAUAUCUCGGCACACAAUGCUGUGAGUGUGCGAGACGCUUCGGGUAGAUCGCGUGCGGCAGCCAAAAUUCGAGAAGCACAAUUGCGCUCUGCUUGGGAGAAGGCACAUAGAAGAGCCCAGAAGUCUCGCAAAAUGAGCUCAACGAAACCCUCAGAUGCAUAUCAUGGACGUUUUAGAGUAUGGGGCCAUCCAUAUUCCAUUCCUUUCUACGCGCCUUAUAUGUGCGACGCCUCCAUAAAUAGUAGCCUUUAUGCAGAUAAUCCGGCAUGUAAAAGCGUUGGAGUAGGAUCCUACGGCAAUUGUGCAGCAGGCCUAUGUGGCGGUAGUGGUGAUAUGGCUGGCUGUGCUGCAAUGGGUUUAUCGCUGUAAUUGAUCUAAAUUUGUC